AGAUCUGACGUCUACAUUAAGACCCUUACCAGUGUCAUUUAUUCACAAUCACCCACUAAGAUGGAGAGAUUAAGAGCUGCUCUCAUUGUGCUUAUGUUUUUACUCUUCCAUCAGACAAGAAUCUAUGGAGAAGAAGUGGAGAUGAAAGUCAGACCAGGAGACAACAUCACUCUCUACUGUGAUCGCUCUCUAACUUCUGGUUCCCUCAUUGUAUGGAUAAGAAACUGCUCUCAUGAAAAUCAACCCUCUCUCAUAAUAAAUUUUUGGCAAUGGAAACUGAAGAUAUUUCAGCGUUUCAGCUCUAUCUACAACCGCUACAGUAAUUCUUAUGAUCUACAUAUUUCCAACAUCAGUGACUCUGAUCUGGGACUGUACUACUGUGCAGAACUAGAGAGAAGGGUAAACAAAGAUGACAAAGGCAUCAUCUCCUCAUCAGAAGUGUACUAUUAUGGAAACCGAACAACUCGUCUCUCUCUGGAAGAACAAGUGACUUCCUGUUCUGAACCCUCCGCUCCUCCUGACUGUGUGCUCUGCUGGACGCUGCUGUUCAGUGUGUGUCCGGUGUGUGUUCUCCUCUUCUCCAUCUGUUUGUUCUGCCUCUGUUGUAAGAAAACUACAGAUGCUGUGACAGAUCAAAAAGACAAGUUAAAAGGUAGAAAUACAGCUGAGUGCAUGGAUGAAGAGGUGUGUUAUGCAUCUUUGGACGUGAUCACUAAGAGACAAAAACAACGCAAGACAAAGCGAGUGCAGUGUUCAGACUUCAGUACUUAUGCUCAGGUCAGAACGGAAGCUGAAUAGACCUAAAAUAGAACUGAAAUGGAUUAUAAAACUUUUUAAAUAUUAGAAAAGUUGCAGAUUUUAUUAUUAUGGAACUUCAUGAAGGUAAAUGAUAUGUAAUUGGAUACUUUAGAUUUUUUAUAAACUAAAACAAGUCUGAUUAGUCUGAUAUUUGGUACAGUACAAGUAUUUCCUUCUCUCUAAUAAAAGGACUUUAAAACAGUCUUUGUGGGCACACAGUGAUGGCCUGAAUAACAGGAUGUAGAAGUGGGUUUCCUGUGUUAUGUGAUGUUUAGUUUAAUGUUUGUAUAUUUCUCUGAAACCGAAUGACUACAGCAUUUAUCUGACUCAAUUUUACAAUGAGCCCAAUUUCCCCAAAACACACUCUAUGGUAAAUAGGUAGGUGUGGAUAACAGUUUUUGACAAGUGCACAGACAGAUGCCCACUUUAGUAACUCCUUUUCUUUUUGUUAUUUUCCUUCAGACUGCAUUUUUGAUCUGUCCAUUUACUAAUUGUACAUUUGAUUUUGUUGAACCAUUAAAACCAAAUUGAAAUCAAAUCACACUUUAAUCAAGUAUUCAAAUCAUCAGAUUUUCUUUUUAAAGGAGUUUUACUCAGUUGCACUGUCUGUGUUUUUUCUCAAGAAAUUAUCUUAUUUCAUUCUCAGUUGAAAAGAUAAUAACCUUAACCACAAUUUUUCCAUUCAGUUUCGUGGUUGUGUGCUUAUGAGACAGAAAUAGGUAGGACAGAGGCUAAUGUGUGCAAGUGCUUAUGUGGUGAGUUUGUGGUAAAUUUGGUUUGCAUGCAAUGUUUGCAGAAGCCUGACUUAUAGCAACAGCCUCUCAAAAUUAAGCAAAAUUAAUCUCAAAGA